ACAGAGACAGUGAGCUCACCUUCCUACAUCCUCUCUCCAUCACAUCUCUCUAGUUUGUACAUCGCUACUGCCUGCAUCAUGUCCACCAGCAGCUACCAAGUCAGAUCAUCCAGCCAUAAGAUGGCAAGCAACAGCAGAGGCAGCGGCUAUGGAGGGUACAGCAGCGCCUCCUUGUCCGGAGCCGGGUUUGGCGGCGGUUUGAUGUCCCAGAGCACCUCUGCAAACUAUGCCAGCUCCGGCUUCGGCGGCAGCGACGGGCUCCUGUUAGGCGGCGAGAAGCACACCAUGCAAAACCUAAACGACCGCCUGGCAAACUACCUGGAUAAAGUGCGAGAUCUGGAGGUCGCCAAUGCCGAGCUGGAGAAGAAGAUUCGAGAGUGGUACGAACAGCACAGCGCCACUAACAACUCCCAGAGCCGAGAUUACUCCAAGUACUUCAACAUCAUCGAGGACUUGAAGAAUAGGAUUAUCAUUGCCACUACAGAAAAUGCUAGAGUGGUCCUGCAGAUUGACAAUGCCCGGCUGGCUACUGAUGACUUCAGAAUGAAGUAUGAAAAUGAACUGUGCCUACGCCAAAGUGUGGAGAGCGACAUCAAUGGCCUCCGACGUGUCUUGGAUGAACUGACACUUGGCAGGUCUGACCUUGAGCUCCAGAUUGAGUCUUUGACUGAAGAAUUGGCUUUCCUCAAGAAGAACCAUCAAGAGGAGAUGAGUGCCUACAAGGGUAGCACCGGUCAAAUCAGUGUUGAGAUGGACGCUGCACCAGGUGUGGACCUAACCAAAAUUCUAAAUGAUAUGAGAGCAGAUUAUGAACUUUUGGCAGACAAGAACCGCAAAGAGGCUGAAGCAUCGUUCCUCAAAAAGAGCAAUGAACUGAAAAAGGAAAUUUCCGUUGGUGUGCAAGAAGUCCAGUCUACCCGCACCGAAAUCUCAGACCUCAGGCGCACAUUACAAAGUCUUGAGAUUGAACUACAGGCACAGAUAUCCAUGAAAAACUCUCUGGAAGGAACAUUAGAAGAGACAGAAGGUCGUUACUGUGCACAGCUGAACCAGCUCCAGAACCAGAUCAGCAGCAUUGAAGAACAGUUUCAGCAAGUCAGAUCAGACAUGGAAAGACAGAAGGCAGAAUAUGUAAGGCUCUUGGACAUCAAGACCAGACUGGAGAUGGAGAUUGAAACCUACAGACGCCUGCUGGAGGGAGAACUUGGAAGUUUCGCUAUCCAACAAACAACAUCUCAGGCAUCAUCAGUGGACUCCAAAAAAGAUCCCACCAAAGUAAGGAAAGUGAAGACUAUUGUUGAAGAGGUGGUGGACGGAAAAGUUGUUUCUUCCCAAGUAAAGGAAGUAGAAGAAAAGAUGAAUUAG